AUGGCCGAGUCUUCCACAUCCGCCUCGCAGCGGAAGCUGGACGUGAUCACGCUGCGAAUGGCGCGGCUUGAUCCCAAAGUCCCUUGGGGAUUCACAGUGAGGCCUCCGGGAGUCGUGGACAAGGUAAGAUUGCGCUUUAUUUUACAGCGUUUUCUUGCAUUUCAGGUCCAAGGCGCUGGUCUGGCCGACCGUGCGGGCCUUCAAAGUGGCGAUCAUAUUGACGAAAUUCAAGGCGAAUCUUCGCCGACGUUCAUUCGCGUCACUGAACUGAUAAAUGAACCGAACAAUCAACUGGAUUUGACGGUUUUACGGUAAGAAACCGGUUUUUUAUCAUCUUUUUCGGGCGAAAAAGGUGAUACGACCAAAAAUCCCUGGGGCACUUAAUGAUUUUUUUAAAAAUUUUGCGAAUAUAGGGAUCAUAGUUCAUUUUUGAAUAUUUUUCGGAACCUCUGAGAUAUUUUGACUAAAUUUUUUCAUUUUUCAAAAAAAAAAAAAAAAAUUCAAAAAAAAAAUUUUUUUUUUCAAUUUUAUCAAAAUUUAAUCCCCCGCUGAUUUUUAAAAAUCUCCCAUCACGACUUGCGAUGGGAGAGAUUUCUCCCCGUCGAAAAAUCCAAUUUAAAUACCGAAAAGGCCGUGUUGCGUAAGAAAAAAAACCGGUAAAACCGAAAAUAAUCGGGAAAGAUCUCAAGGCUAAAUCCCGUGGGAAUUCGAAUACCCCCCUCCUUCACUUUUUUCGUAAGACAAAGAGCGCUUCGAAGCGAAUUCGAAUAUUCUUGAUUAAAGAGCGUUUUGCGAUAGUUUUUCCUACAAAACUGAAAUGGAGAAUUUGCAAUUCGAACGCCGCGCCCAGUACAAUUACAAAUUUUCGAGCGAGAGAAGGUAGGUUUGGGCCGAGGGCGAAAUGGGAACGGUCGUUUUGAAAUUUUGGGAACUUUUCUUUUUUCAUUUAGUCCGUUCGCAGAGUCGCUGCAAUCAUUUUUGCGACAUGCACUGUGCGAAAACAAAAUUGCACCCUGCACUGUGCGAUUUAUUGUUUUUCGCACCGUGCAAUAAGGCUUUUUUGGGCUGUCGCUUGCACCCUGACUUUUUCUGCACAGUGCAAUUCGCUGUGGUCACUUUUGCGACAUGCACUGUGCAAAACUAAAAAGUUUGCUCUGCACUGUGCAAUUUAUUGUUUUUGCACCGUGCAAUCCGCCGCAGUCAUUUUUGCGACAUGCACUGUGCGAAAACAAAAGUUUACUUCGCACUGUGCAAUUUGUUUCUUUUUGCACCGUGCAAUAAGGUUUUUUUGGGCUGUCGCUUGCACCCUGACUUUUUCUGCACAGUGCAAUUCGCUGUGGUCACUUUUGCGACGUGCACUGUGCGAAAACAAAUGUGCGCCUUGCACUGUGCAAAUUGUUGCUUUUUGCACCGUGCAAUAGGGCUUUUUUGGGCUGUCGCUUGCACCCUAACUUUUUCUGCACAGUGCAGUCAUUUUUGCGACAUGCACUGUGCGAAAACAAAAGUCCACCUUGAACUGUGCAGUCUGCUGCUUUUUGCACCGUGCAAUAGGAUUUUUUCGGGUGUCGCUCGGAAUCGCGCGCGAUGAAAAGCAAAAAAAACAAAAAUGCACUGUGCAAAUUGUGUUUUUGUGUCAAAUGCACUGUGCAAAUCACUUUUUAUCGCGAUUUUCGCAGCGGCACGCCAAAACAGCACUGUGCAAAUUCUCAGACCUUUGUGUUGAGUAGUGCACUGUGCGUUGGCGACAAACGUGGGAAAAAGUUCAAAAUGCACGGUGCGGAUCGCGAAAAAUGUUCAUUUUUUGAGGUUUGCACGGUGCGAAAAAAGAAAAUGCACAGUGCGUUGGCGACAAACGUGGGAAAAAGUUCAAAAUGCACGGUGCGGACCGCGACAAAUGUCCAUUUUUUGAGGUUUGCACAGUGCGAAACGAGGAAAUGCACUGUGCGAAACGAGAAAAUGCACAGUGCGUUGGCGACAAACGUGGGAAAAAGUUCAAAAUGCACGGUGCGGAUCGCGACAAAUGUCCAUUUUUUGAGGUUUGCACGGUGCGAAAAAAGAAAAUGCACUGUGCGUUGGCGACAAGCGUGGGAAAAAGUUCAAAAUGCACUGUGCAAGAUCCGCAAAUUUCUGCCGUGAAUCUACCGUAUUUUCAGCGAGCCUACCGUAACCCGAAUUUGGCGUCCAAAUGUCACUGACCUGACCAAUAACCAAGUCCGGAAUCGGGUUCAAAAUGCAAAUGAGAGGAAUGUGAAGGUGUCGCUGGAACAUCAGAAAUUGGUGAGGAGAUAAAUCUCAAAAAAAAAAAAAAAAAAAAUUCUUUAAUUAAAAAAAAAUUUUUCUUUAAUUUAAAAAAAAGUUUUUUAAUUAAAAAAUUUUUUUUGAUUAUUUAUUUUCUAAAAUUUUCCAGCAGCCCGACCAAAUCCGCGGAUUCAACUCCGGCCCUCGUCAAUUCGGCUCCAAUCCGCAGCCCGCUCAAAAGUCGGAUAACCAAAUGAGAUCGGAGGUGUUGAAGAUGAUCCAGGAAAACGAGCAGCAUCGCGGACAAAGACCGCAAAAUUUUGGGAGCAACAAGGGAUUACUGCCCAAUUGCUUCUGUUGUGGACGGCCUAUUGUGUGA